AUGGUCGAGACGAAGAGGUUUGAGGAGAAUACUGGCGCAGGUAUUGAGGAGUUGGAUGGGCCCCAGAAUCUCUACGAUUUACUUGAAGAGAAAUGUCCGUGCUAUCAUCGUCUAGAUAUCCUCCUGGGACAGAAGGCAAAUGUCACCUCAAUGUAUGAAUUCGAUCACUCGAUGCCUUCUCAAGAGCUUCCACAACAUCUCCCGAAUGACGAAGAAGACGAUGGAGCAGUGGGGAAUGAUGAUCUGGAAGACGAACACGCCGAAAAUCAUAUGGACUCUUCUCCUGAAAUCUUUUACUCCGGGUGGGACCCUAGACAAUCAACGGCUUCGGCUGACGAGCUCCCUGACUCGCUGUCUCUACCAAACAGUACUCCGACUCCUCAAAGUAUGAAUUUUCCCAGUCUGAGCUCCCUUGAUCUUGCGGGCUAUCGUCCGGCGCAAGCACACUCUCAAGCACCAGCUGCCAAUUUACACAACAGUCAAACACGAGCUGGCAGUACAUCAGGCCAAUCGAGGCCUCAAGCCACCCCAACUCCGUCCGAACGAGGUAGAAACUCAAGUCGCGGCCGUGGCCGGCCAACCCCUAUUGGAAAAACUGGUUCGAUGGCCAAUGCACAGUCAGCUCCUCCUCAAGUAGCACCGAAGGCAACCUUAGCAGCGGCUUUCAGCAACUCUACCGACACUUGA